CACACCAGCAGCGGCGGUGGCAGGCCUGGCCCCGCGCCUGCUGGCCGGGCGCCCCAGGAGGGAGAGAGGGCGGAGGAAGAGGGGAAGAAGGAGGAGGAGAGGAGCAGUCAGCAGGCCCGAGGAGGCAGGACUUCCUGGUGUGGGGGUUGUCAACAGCCCAGAAAGAGGGAGACAGUGAGACACAACCAAAAGGAGCUGAGCACCCGAAAGGCUCAUUGGUGCCGCGCGGAAGAAGACUUGGGAGACCCACUCGCUCCGACCACCGAAGUGGCUCCACCUGGAGGAUCAGGGGGCUGAGCCGCCCCCUCCCGCAUCAGCCCAGAGACACUUGGGGCUUCAGAGGCCGCGCUUGGGCUCCACCAAGGAGGCGGGGGUUCCUUCUUUUCCGGAGCGCAAACUUUCCACGGAGAUGCCUUGCGGGGUGAGGUGCAGCCCCCGAAGAGGAGUGGACAGCCUCUGAUCGCCGCCUGGACUCCCCGCGCUGCUGGGGCCAAGAGGCCCCAGGGAAAGGGCAGCCCGACAUCUUAGGCGGCCGGGACCCCCGGCCCAGCUUGUUGGCGGAGGCCGAGAGUUUGCAAACUCAGCUCUGGAGUUCGACAGCGACAGCAGCAGGAAAAACCUGCCCCUGCUCCCCCUUUUCACCGCCUCCCCUACCCUGUUCUCCCUUUACCACCCAGGCACCCCCAGUUCCUGCAAGGCCCUCUCGCCAUGUCGGACCCAGACGUCCCCAGGGGCCCUGAUGUCCCCACCAUGUGGCUCCCCUGUUCCAGGGGUGCCUGAGCCCCUUCGAAGAGCCACUACUGCCCUGUCCCCCGCCCACUUUGGCCCUAUCCUGAGCCCCAGGGACCAUGAGUGGGGGCAAGAAGAAGAGUAGUUUCCAAAUCACCAGCGUCACCACGGACUAUGAGGGCCCCGGGAGCCCUGGAGGUCCAGAUUCCCCUGCCUUGCCGGUCCCCACUGGACCCCCACCCCGCCUGCCCAACGGGGAGCCCAACCCCGAGCCAGGGGGCAAGGGCACCCCCCGCAAUGGCUCCCCGCCACCUGGAGCCCCUGCCUCCCGUUUCCGGGUGGUGAAGCUGCCACAGGGCCUGGGAGAGCCUUAUCGCCGUGGCCGUUGGACGUGUGUGGAUGUUUACGAGAGAGACCUGGAGCCCCCUAGCUUUGGUCGGCUCCUGGAGGGGAUUCGAGGGGCCUCAGGGGGCACUGGGGGCAGAUCUUUGGAUUCCAGGUUGGAGCUGGCCAGCUUGGGCCUGGGCGCUCCUAUCCCACAGCCAGGCCUGUCUCAGGGUCCAACCUCCUGGCUUCUCCCACCUCCCACCUCCCCUGGACCUCAGGCCCGCUCCUUCACUGGAGGGCUGGGCCAUCUGGCAGUGCCUGGCAAGGCCAAGGUGGAAACACCCCCUCUGUCAGCUUCCCCACCCCAGCAGCGCCCCCCAGAGCCUGGGGCUGGGGAUAGCAGCGUGGGCACAUCCCGGGCCGCCACGCCCCUGUCCUCACUGAGGAUGGAAGUGGAGGCAGGGGUCUCAGCAGCUGGGACUCCUCCACUGUCCCGAACUAAGGAUGGAGCCCUGCGGCUGAGGAUGGAGUUGGUUGCUCCAGAGGAGAUGGGGCAGGUGCCCCCAUUCGACUCUCGCCCCAGCUCCCCGGCCCUCUACUUCUUCCCUGAUGCCAGUCUGGUUCACAAGUCUCCAGACCCCUUUGGAGCAGCAGCAGCCCAGAGCCUAAGCCUGGCCCGAUCCAUGCUGGCCAUCAGUGGUCAGCUGGACAGCGAUGAUGAUAGUGGCUCCGGAAGCCUGGUUGGCAUUGACAACAAGAUCGAACAAGCCAUGGACCUGGUGAAGUCCCACCUCAUGUUUGCGGUCCGAGAGGAGGUAGAGGUGCUGAAGGAGCAGAUCCGGGACCUGGCUGAGCGGAAUGCUGCACUGGAGCAGGAGAACGGCCUGCUGCGUGCCCUGGCCAGCCCAGAGCAGCUGGCCCAGCUGCCCUCCUCAGGGGUCCCAAGGCUUGGGCCCCCUGCACCCAAUGGGCCCUCCAUCUGAGCCUCCCUUCCCUCACAAUGUGCCUUUGGGGGCUGCCACAGCUGCCAGGCCUUGUGCCAGCUGCCUGCCCCCUCUUCCUAUGCAGCUUUAAUUCCCCCUGAUCCCUGGGGAUGGGAGUUGAAGGCUCAGAAUUAGCCUGUUCCCUGACCCUUCCUCCAUCUCCCCAUUGUGCCCAGGGAUUGGGCUGCGGCAUCCUUGGGCCUUGAUGGAGGAGGGAGGGCCUCAGGAUGGGGUGUUAGAUGGAGCGCUCUGCUCCCUCCCUAGGUAUCAGUGUUCUGGGAUCCCGAGCAGUAGAUGGCUUGAGGGAAUUGGAGGCUUCCUGGCAGACACCCCAUCCUCACCUUGUUCCCUGGAAGUGUCCCCUCUUCUCUGCCCAGGGGAGGGAGUAUGGACAAUAUCUGGAAGUUCUGGGAUUCAGGUUGUUAUUAAAAUAAUAAUUAUAAUAAAAAAAUCUGAAGAAACUUGAAUCUGGAAGUUGGCAUCUCAUUGCUUGUGUCCAGACUGGGAGCCUGCACCAGCAAUUUCUACUGUGGGAAAGGGACUAAGGCUAUAGGCUUCCCAGAAGAUCUUGCCCAAACUGGGGAGGUUCAAUGUGGCUCAGAGUGGUCAAAAGAGAUGUUGGAAAGGGAGCCAGUGGCCUGCCAGGUCCUGGGAAGGGGCAGGCAAGGCAA